AUGUCUUCAAUCUUCAAAUCUGCUCUCUUGGUCUCCACGAUUGCUGCCUUGAUCCUCCUCCAGUUUGCCUCUGCUGCUCCUCAGGAUUUCGGUCUUGGUGGUGGUGUCAACGCCUUUGGCGCUGAUGCUAACAUGGGUGCUUUCGCAGGUCCCGGUGGACCCGACUUCAGCGGCUAUCCUACCCAAGUUCCUGUCUCGCCUGUAACCAUUGCUCCCGAGACCGAUUUCAUCCCCAUCAACAACGUCCAGCCUGUUGUCAACGUCCUCCCUGUGAACGUCAACGACUUCUCGUGGCCUCCUUACUACAACGAUUACUACGGAGGAGCCUACGGAGGAGGAAUCGGUGGUGCCUAUGGAGGCCCUCUUGGCGGAGGCCCUCUUGGCGGAGGCCUUCUUGCUGGCGGCUUUGGUGGCGCUCUGGGUGGUGGAAUUGGCGGUCCCUUCUAA